AUGGCUGCUUCGACGCAAUUAAAGUACAUUGAUAUCGGUAUCAACUUCACCGAUCCCAUCUUCAGGGGUGAAUACCACGGCACCCAACGUCACGAAAAUGAUUUUGAAGAUGUUAUUCAGAGAGCGGUCGACGCUGGUUGCAAGAAGUUUAUGGUAACAGGAUCUGAUCUCGAAGAAUCAAAGCACGCUAUCGAGAUAGCAAAAGCUCAUCCAGGCCUCUGCUAUGCUACUGUAGGCGUACAUCCUUGCUCGGCAAACCAUUUUGACAAGCAUCCCGGCGGUGCAUCAGAGCUUCUCUCUGCGCUCAAAACUCUAGCCAUUGAAGCCAAGGAAGCAGGUCACGCAGUUGCUUUUGGAGAGAUAGGCCUCGAUUACGACCGACUUUUUCUGACGGCAAAGGAGCCACAGCUCAAGUACUUUGAGGCGCAACUGGAGAUUGCGGUGGAAGUGCAGCUACCACUCUUCCUACACUCGCGUGCUGCAAGUGAGGAUUUUGAGAGGUUAUUGACUGCGAAGCUUGAUCAGCUACCCAAGAGAGGUCUCGUACACAGCUUUACUGGGACUGCAGAAGAGAUGCAGCGCCUCGUGGAUCUAGGCUUUGAUAUUGGCGUUAAUGGCUGCAGCAUGAAGACGGAUGAGAAUAUUGCAGUCGUGAAACAGAUACCGCUCGAGCGCCUACAGAUUGAAACAGACGGGCCAUGGUGCGAGAUGCGGCCCAGUCACGCAUCAGCCAAGUUCCUCACAGAUGCUCCGCCUUUACCAAAGGCUGUCAAAAAGGAGAAGUGGGCUAAAGGUAUGAUGGUAAAGGGGCGAAAUGAGCCAGCUACAAUUCCACAUGUCGCGUAUGCCAUUGCAAAGAUUAAGGAAAUCAGUGUGGAGAAGGUUUGUGAUGCUGCUUGGAAGAACUCAGUCAAGAUGUUUGGGUUGGGGGAGGCGGUGUAA